AUGCCGCCAAAACGAAAGAGGACCAACACCGUUUCUUCUGUUAAGAACGUAGCCAUGGACGUCCCCCUCACGCAGCCAUCGUCGCGCGACGCGUCCGACGAGGGCGCCGAAGACUCAAUCCUCCAAGAAGUCACCUCCAAGAAGGAGCGACAGGCGGAUUCGCAUGUGUCCUCGAAGCGAACGCGUGCCGAUAAAAACGGCGACGGCGAGAACGGAGACAUUGAAGGCCAUUCGGAUCGAGCGAGUAAGAAGAGCAAGAUCAGCAAUCCUGGGGACCCAGAUGACCACGGCGUGAAUGGCGAGGCAGGGACCAUGAGAAUGGCACCUCCGCCCAAGGCCGGCCUGGUUGAUCCUGUGGGCUACAAGACGAACCCGCCGCCGACAGGACGUCCCGUCAGAGUGUAUGCGGAUGGUGUGUUUGAUCUCUUCCAUCUUGGCCAUGCGCGAGCGCUCCAGCAAGCCAAGACGGCCUUCCCAGACACCCAUCUCAUUGUUGGUGUUACCGGAAAUGAGGAGACACACCGCAGGAAGGGACUUACUGUGCUUUCUGCUGCGGAACGCGCCGAGAGUGUGCGACACUGCAAGUGGGUAGACGAGGUCAUCGAAGACUGUCCCUGGAUCGUGACUGCAGACUUUCUCGAGAAGCAUGGUAUUGACUACGUUGCCCACGACGAUCUGCCUUACGGCGCAGACGAGGGAGACGAUAUAUACAAGCCGAUCAAGGAGAAAGGGAUGUUCCUGGUAACCCAGCGAACCGAGGGCCUAAGCACUACCGGCAUCAUCACGAAGAUUGUUCGAGACUACGACCAGUACAUCGACCGACAACUCAAGCGCGGUACUUCACGCAAGGAGCUCAACGUCUCCUGGUUGAAGAAGAACGAACUUGACUUCAAGCGCAACAUGGUUGAACUGCGCGAUAGCAUCAAGGCGAACUGGGCUACAACCGGUCAAGAACUUACAAAAGACUUCCGCCAAUUCUGGCAGUCUAGCAGACCGGCGAGUCCCGCCAGGACCCCGACCCGUGAGCGAACAGAACGGGACCUGGCCGCAAGUGCUACUUCGCCCUCUGCCUUGUCGCAUCUCAGCCAUCUGGAGAUACCUGGCCGCGCCACAGAGCGUGGAUCAUCAGAAUUUGCUGCAGGUUACAAUCUUGGUCUGAUUGGUGGUGUACGGGCCUGGAUGGCUCGCAGUCGUCGCAACCUUAACGACAGUCGCCCGCCAAGCCCUUCCGAUGAAGACCAAGAUAGUCCGGACGAGCACAUGGACGCAGGCACAAAGGAAACGCCACGUGGUCGCACUGGCAAACAAUCGUCAGAACUGAACGCGAGGUUGUAG